AUGCACAAACUUUUUCGCGUUACAGCUUACGUGAUUAAAUUUAUUGAUUGUCUAAAAUCUCGAUUUAAUGGUAACGUAUCGAAACAAACCUUGUUGUCAACUGAAGAUCCCGAACAUGCAGAACUUUUGUGGGUUAAAACAUGUCAAAAGGACUUAACAAGCCGUUUAUAUCAGUUAAAUAAUACUCUUGGGCUUUUUAUUGACAAAGAUGACAUCAUCCGCUGCAAAGGACGACUCCUGCAUGCCAACUUGCCUUACGACUCUAAAUAUCCCAUCUUGUUGCCUGGUGACUCGUUCUUAUCAACGUUAAUUAUACGAAGAGUCCACCAACAAACCUUUCAUGCAGGUGUGAAACACACGCAUUGUCGCAUUCGAGAAAAAUAUUGGACUCUGCAAUGUCGAAAAUAUGUACGUGCUAUUGUAAACAAAUGUGUUUACUGUAAAAGGUUGUUUCGGAAGGCUUACAAGGCUACAGAAUCUGCCAAAUUACCCCCCUUUCGUGUUUCUGCAAGCUAUCCACUUCAAUCUACAGGAGUGGAUUACUUGGGACCACUCAUGGUCAAACCUAUAUUUAACGAAGAUCAAAGUGCAAUGUUUCCAGUACAUGUUGCACUAUUUACCUGCGCUGUUACUCGUGCAGUCCAUCUGGAUGUAGUACCCGAUCAGUCAGCCUCGUCGUUUAUACGAACUUUAAAACGAUUUAUAGCCAGACGCGGCAUACCUACGUUAAUGAUUUCCGACAACGCAACGUGCUUUAAAAACGAAGAACUUAGGUUAAGUGAAGAGUUAUCUAAAUUAAACGUAAAAUGGAAAUAUAUAGUUGAAGCAGCCCCAUGGUGGGGCGGAUUUUGGGAACGUUUGGUUGAAUCUGUUAAAAGGUCAUUAACAAAGGCCUUGUUUCGAAGUAGUAUAUCUUAUGAAGAACUUCAAACGGUGCUAUGCGAAGUUGAAAGCCUUCUUAACUGUAGACCUUUAACAUACGUCUAUAACGAUGACAUCGAAGAGGUGCUCACUUCAUCACAUUUAAUGCAUGGUCGCAACAUAUGUAGGCCUUGUGUUCAGUCUGGAGAUGCGGACGAACUUGAUAGCAAGGCAAAACUUUCAAAACGAAUGAUGUACAUAAAGACCUUAAAGGAGCAUUUUUGGAAUCGAUUCAGUAACGAAUACAUAACCAAUCUGAGAGAGUUUCACGCACAAGGACCAAGUCACAGUCGUUCUGUUGAGCUUGGAGAAAUUAUUCAUUCUGAUAAGAAGCGCAUCAAUUGGCGUAUGGGAAAGUUGACGUACCUUAUUACGAGCAGGGACAAUAACGUCCGUGCAGCUAUAGUUAAAGUGUUUACGCUGUAUACCAAAGUCAUUAACUAUAUGAAGCGACCAAUUGAAAAAUUGUAUCCCUUAGAGGUAAAGAGUGUUGAAUCUGUGAGUUACAGGGAGAAACAAGAAAGUAUGAAAAUUAUGGACAGUGAUAUGACAGUUAUAGCCGAUGACACUGCAACAGAACGUCCCAGAAGGAUUGCAGCAGACAAUAGCAUUCUUAUACGAAGUAUUCUGGGGCAAACCUGA